AUGUUGUUCAGUGCUGGGAUGCUGCUUUGUGGUGGGAUUCUGCUCCGUGGUGGGAUGCUGCUCCACCAUGGAAUGCUGUCCCACCAUGGGAUGCUGCUCCACUAUGGGAUGCUGCUCCAUGGUGGGAUACAGCCCCACUGUAGGAUACAGCUCCAUGGUGGGAUGCUGCUCCACCAUGGGAUGCUGUCCCACCAUGGGAUGCUGCUCCACCAUGGAAUGCUGCCCUUUGGUGGGAUGCUGCCCCAUACUGGGAUAGUGCUCCAUACUGGGAUGCUGCUCCAUGGUGGGACACUGCCCUGCAGUGGGAUACUGCCCCACGAGGGGAUGCUGCUCCACCAUGGAAUGCUGUCCCACCAUGGGAUGCUGCUCCACUAUGGGAUGCUGCUCCAUGGUGGGAUACAGCCCCACUGUAGGAUUCAGCUCCAUUGUGGGAUGCUGCUCCUCCAUGGGAUGCUGCUCCACCAUGGAAUGCUGCUCCACAAUGGGAUGCUCCUCCACGGGAUGCUGCUCCAUGGUGGGAUACAGCUCCAUGGUGGGAUGCUGCUCCACCAUGGAAUGCUACUCCAUGGUGGGAUGCUGCCCCACAAUGGGAUACAGCUCCAUGGUGGGAUGCUGCCUCAAAAUGGGAUGCUGUUCCAUGGCAGGAUGCUGCUCCAUGGCGGGAUACAGCUCCAUGGUGGGAUGCUGCCCCACAAUGGGAUGCUGCCCCACAAUGGGAUACAGCUCCAUGGUGGGAUGCUGCCCCACAGUGGGAUGCUGCCCCACAAUGGGAUGCUGCUCCAUGGUGGGAUACAGCUCCAUGGUGGGAUGCUGCCCCACAGUGGGAUGCUGCCCCACAAUGGGAUGCUGCUCCAUGGUGGGAUGCUGCUCCAUGGUGGGAUACAGCUCCAUGGUGGGAUGCUGCCCCACAAUGGGAUGCUGCUCCAUGGCAGGAUGCUGCUCCAUGGUGAGAUACAGCUCCAUGGUGGGAUGCUGCCCCACAAUGGGAUGCUGCUCCAUGGCAGGAUGCUGCUUCAUGGUGGGACACUUCUGCCCCUUCCUUCACCCACUGCCUCUCCCAUUCCCGCUGCCCCCUCACUGCCUUGGGAAGGGCCAGGGGAGCAGCCCUGGGAGCCGUGGGGCCGCCCCUUCACAGAGGUGCCUGAUUCCCUGUUUACACACGGCCUGGGCUCCGGGCCAGGCUGGGGAGUUAUUCCCAGGCCUUCUUCAUCCGCUCCCAGCUCUCGGGGGACGCACGCCACCUUUUUGGGCUCCUCCUUGGGUCUAUACUUAUGUGGAUGUGGCUGGUCUAGCAACUCCUGGCUUUCCCCACUCAUCCGUCCUCCUGGGAAACUUUGGGAAUCAUCCCUUUGGGAAUCAUAAUGUGGGGAUUUAGGUACAAAAUGAGCUGGGUGUCACAAAGGGGUUUGGGGGUCUGCGGUGACCCCGCUGAACCAGUUCUGAAUCAGGUGUGAGCUUAAAAAUCCCUGUGGAUCCGGGAGGGCAAAAGUCUUUAGGUACCUUUUGGUGACUCUUUCUAGCCCGUAAAAAAGUGCUUUUCGGUUUUUCUACCUUUUCAUACUCUUUUUCUAGUUCUUCUACGGAGAAGGCCAGCUCUUCUCACACUGGACUCCAAACUUUUGGCAUCUGGGAAUGUUUAUAAGCCACGAGAUGGUCCCAGCCACCCCCCAAUUCCCCCAAUUUUUGAUCUUUUUACUACAGCUCCCGUAGCUUUAGGAUGAAGGGUGGAUGAAGUGGUUUGCUCUGCAGCUGGUUUCACUCUUGGUGUUACCAGGCAGAGAUGUAAAAACCCCAUCCUGGGUUUUGCCUUUUCUUUUGAAUCUGAUUUAUUGUCACAGAGAGUGCAGCGCAGCCGCUCUGACCCGGGGCUCCCACCCCCCCCUUCUCAAACGCUGCCAUAAAAGUGGUUUGUAACAAUUUUUUUAAACGACUUGCCUCUUUUACAACUCGAGUUCUUGAUAACUUAGACGACGAAAUAAACCUGCAUGAAUACAGGGGAGCGGGGAGGGGGAGAUUUUGAAGUAACCCAAACUACUCAUCGAAGGUGUUUUAUGUUGCCGGGCCUGAUUUUCUGUUGGCCGUGGUGUUGCCCUUGGUGUGCUGCCAGGUAUUUCACCCCAGUAUUUCUAUUCACACAGAUCUGCCUUUGCCAGCCAAGCAGAGAUCGCCUGCCAAGGUUGUUUCCCCUCCUCACAACAAAAAUCCCAACCACCCCUCCAUCCCCAUGCUGGAUUUCCAGCCUGGUCUCACACAACAUUCCACUACCCCCAGGCUUUUCAAGAAAAAAUAUCUGGAGUACUGGAAAAAGGACUUUUAUUGUCUGCAGAGAUUGCUGGUGGCAAGUCUGUCCAUGCUUUGCCACCCUGCCAGCAGCAGGAUUUUGGGGAGGGGGUGGUUGCAGGCGAAAGCCAGUCGUGGUGUAGCGCAUCCCCAUCCCACAUGGUCUGUGUACUCGUUGGAAAUAAACUUUUGGAUUUAUUUCAA